AUGCCCAGCCCUGGCUGCGUGUCCCCCACCCAGCUCCAUCCCGGUGGGUGCUGGUGGAACACCACCGUUCAGACCCUGGUGGCCUCCUAUGAAGCCUACGAGGACCUGAUGAAGAAAUCGCAGGAGGGGAAGGAUUUUUACACCGACCUGGAGGCGAAGGCCGCCAAGCUGCUGGAGAAAGCCCGGGCCGCCUGCCAAGCCGCCGAGGCCAACAGGCAACAGAUUUUGGAGAAGGAGCUGAAGAAGCAGCCACCCCCCAGGCCCACGGCCCCCAAACCCGCCCUGCAGAAGAAGCCUCCGGGGGAGCUGGACGCCGGCGACCUGCCCUCGCUGAGCUCCCUGGUGCUGUCGGAGCUGCCGGAGGAGCUGCGUAAUUUACCCCCGGACGUGCUGGCAGCCCACUUGGCCCGCCUGCCCCCCCCCGCGCUGGCCGCCCUGGCCGCUGGGCUACGACCCCCCGAGCCCUUCUUGCCCACGGCCCGGCUGGCCAGCGCCCCGCUGCAGCCCUUCGCCCCCUCGGUGCGCUUCCCGGGGCCCCCCACCCUCCCCGGCCACUACCGGCUGCCGGCAGCACCCCCCGCGGCACCAGGUCCUUUUCCCCGCGCCGGGGGGGCCCCGCUGCAGCUCCUGCAGCCCUCUGCCCCCCACCAGACCGGCCCCCCCCCCACAUCAGCCCCGGCUUCUGCCCCCCAGCUUUUCCCGCCCGCCCCGCUGCUGCCAACUUACGGGGGCCCCCCCCCCGGCCUUCCCCCCCGCUCCUCCCCGCAGCACGCUCCCCCCGCCGCCUCCUACAGCCUGGCCCAGCCCGGGGUGCCCCCCCUCCAGCCCCCGGCUCUGGGUGCAGCACCCAUGGGUGCCCAGCCACAGGCGGGCGGUCCCGAGCUGGCCCCGGUUGCCCGCCCGGCCACCACCACGGUGGACAGUGUCCAGGCCCCCAUCUCCAGCUGCGCUGCCCCCCCCCGCCCCCCCGGCCCCUUCCUCGCCCCGGGGGGGCCCCCUGCCCCCUUCCCCUAUGGCCAGGGGGGGCUGCAGCCCUUCGGGCAGCCGGCCCAGCACCCCUUCCCUCCCGGGCAGCACCCACACCCCUUUGCCCCCCCCAUGGAGGUGGCCCCUCGUGCCCAGGGCCCCCCAGCUUUCCCCCCAGCCCCCUUUUUGCCCCCCCCAGGGAGAGCCCAGGUCCCUCUCUCCUUCCCGCUGCCCCCCCAGCCCCAGUUUGCCCAGUUCCCCGGGCCCGGGGGGCAGCCCCCCUUGCCACCCCAACUCUACCAGCUCCCGGCGCAGGACAAGCUGCCCCCCCAGGGCCUCGCCCCCCCCCCAGCGGGGACCCUGCCCUUCCCCAGCGCCCCCGGCCCGAGCGGCCCCCCGGCCCUGCGUGCCGCUCUGGGGGGGCUGCCGCCCCCGGUGCCCGCCAGCUCCCCCGCUCUCCCCUUCUGCCCCAGCCCUGCUCCCCCCCAGCACCGUGGCCCUGGGCCCCCCCCGCGCCCCCCCCGGCUAGCCAAACCGCUCCCCACCACAUCCCCCCUGCCGCCAGCCCGGGCCUGGGCCAGCUGCCGGCCGCCGUGGUGGUCCAGGGCCCCCUGGUCCCCUCCCCAGCCCCCUCCCCGCAGCUGGUGCGGUUCGGGGGGGGCCCCCCCUCCCAGACCCCCCCCCGGCGAAGCCUCCUUCCAGCGCCAGACCUCCUCCACCGACGACCUCCUCUCCUCCAGCCCGGAGAGCCAGCCCGGCGGCUGCCAAGCGGCGGGGGGCCACCCCCUGCUCCAACCCACCAAAGCGUCGGCCCAAGACGGGCCGAAAAAACCCAAACCGGUGCAGCUGAUCGAAACGGACCCCUACGCCCGGCCCGAGCGGGUGCUGCGGCUGCUGGCGGAGCUGGGCCGCUUCCGAGGGGCGGUGGCGGGGCUGGAGAGGCCGGCGGCCGGCGGCCCGGCCCCGCUCGACGCCGUCUGGAAGGAGCUGCAGGAAGGGCAGGAGCGCGACGCCCGGCAGCUCUCCAUCGCCAUCGCCCGCUGCUACUCCAUGAAGAACCGCCACCAGGACGUGAUGCCGUACGACCGCAACCGCGUGGUGCUGCGCUCGGGGAAGGACGACUACAUCAACGCCAGCCGGGUGGAGGAGCUGUCGCCUUACUGCCCCCCCCUCAUCGCCACCCAGGCCCCGCUGCUGGGCACCGCCGCCGACUUCUGGCUCAUGGUCCACGAGCAGAGAGUCUCCGUCGUCGUCAUGUUGGUGUCGGAGCAGGAGCUGGACAAGCAGAAGGUGCUGCGGUAUUUCCCCGCCGAGCGGGGCCAGCCCCUGGUGCAGGGACCCGUCACCCUCGUGCUCACCAGCGUGAAGGUCGCCCCCACCCACGUGGAGAGGAUGAUCACGCUGCAGUACCGCGACCAGAGCCUCAAACGCACCGUGGUCCACCUCCAGUUCACCUCCUGGCCGGAGCUGGGUCUGCCCGACAGCAAGGCGAGCCUCCUCCACUUCAUCCAGGAGGUGCACGGCCACUACCUGCACCAGCGCCCGCUGCACACGCCGCUCGUGGUGCACUGCAGCUCCGGCGUGGGCCGCACCGGCGCCUUCUGCCUGCUGUACGCGGCCGUGCAGGAGCUGGAGGCCGGGAACGGGAUCCCCGACCUGGCGCAGCUGGUGAGGCGGAUGCGGCAGCAGCGCAAGCACAUGCUGCAGGAGAAGCUUCACCUCAAGUUCUGCUACGAGGCCGUCCUGCUGCAGGCCGAGCGGGUGCUGCAGCGCCACGGCGUGGGGGCCCCCCCCUGCGCCCCGGCCCCCCAACAGCGCCUCGCCCAAGGUAGGUGGUGUCUCUACUGCCCGCAGGACCCCCAGGACCUGGUGCUGGGGGGGGACGUGCCCAUCAGCUCCAUCCAGGCCACCAUCGCCAAGCUGAGCAUCAAAGCUGGGGGGGCCGGGGGCGACCCCGAUCCCGCCCCCCCCUCCCCAGAUCCCCCCCAGCCCCUCCCCGAGGGCGGCGGGAUGCCGGAGGGGGGAGUUGGGGUCCCCUCGCCCUCCCCCCCGCAGCCGCCCCUCCCUGAGAGCAGCACCCCCGCUCCGGAGAGCCCCGAACCCCCAGGGGGGGAGCCGCUGCCCCCCCCCCCCGCCCCCGCAGCCCCCCCUUCCUCCUCCUCCUCCUCCUCCUCCCCCCUGGAGCUGCUGGCCUCCCUGCGCCCCGAGGCCUUCAGCCUCGACGCCUCCCUCAAGGGCAAACAGCGCAUGAACAAGCAGAACUUCCUGCAGGCGCAGGCGGGCGAGGGGCUGCGCGGCCCCCGGCCCAGCGACGACCCCCUCAGCAUGUUGGACCCGCUCUGGACGCUCAACAAGACGUGAGGGGGGGGGGGGGGCACCCCAAAAUUGGGGGGGGGGGGGGGGGAGGGCUGCCUUCUUCCCCCCCCCCCCAGCCCUCUGCUUUGUACAGGUGUAACGCGGGCGCUCGCCUCCUCCUUCGACUCCACUGAGCACUGACUUUUUCAGCUCUUUGCUACUAAAAUAAAAGAGUUUGAGCCGCA